AUGACUAUUCAUAGUGUUUGGAGGGCUAAGGUUCCUGAAAGUAUUAAGUGCUUUGGUUGGCGGUUUAUUCUUAGUAGCCUUCCCACUAGGGAGGAGCUUUGGCGUAGAGGGGUUUUGCUUGGAGGUGAAGCGCUGUCUUGUCCGUUAUGCAACAGCGGUACUGAAUCGAGGGAGCAUUUAUUCUUGCGCUGUUCUGAAUCCGGAAAGGUUUGGAAGCUUGUUCUGUUUUGGCUUUUAGGUGAAGAGAUGGAUAUUGAAAUCGGGAACAGGGACUUGGAUAUUCUUGACAGUUUUGUUAGCUUUUUGGAGGUGUGUGUGCGUGUACCUUUCGUCCAUUUCUUUUGGCUCUUGAUUUCUUGGAAUAUUUGGCGUGCCCGGAAUGAUUUGAUCUUUUCUAAUAAGAGGUGGGACGUGUCGGGGGUUGUGAAUUGUAUUAAAUCCAUGGGGUGGGACUGGUUUUCGUUUUUAGCUAGCAAAGGUAUCGAUUGUGAUCGGGAAUUAUGGCUUGUUAAUCCGUCCUUGUUGGUGGGUUUCUAG